AUGGAUGAAAAAUCGCCGAUCCCGUCGAACCCCCCGGCUGUCCGCUGGCGGAUGGAGGAUCUGGAAGGCCACCCGGCCCAGUCAACCGCUCGCUCUGGCUUGAAGCGUGCCCGGUCCCGCGGUUCCAUGUCCAUCCACAGCGUUCACUCGAAUUCCCGUGCCGACCCUGGUGCUGGCCUGGCAAUCCAGUAUCGGACUGUCUCCAUCGACAUUGACGACUAUAAUCGCAAGGCCGAACUGCAAAAGAAGGUUCAAAAGGGCACCACGACUGACCUUGCUGACCUCGAAUGGCAUACUAUUACCUCUGAUGAGGCCACCCGGCGCUUGUCGACCUCCCUCAAUCACGGCUUGUCUGAGGACCAGAUCAAGCGGAGAACCGCAGAAUUUGGCAAGAACACACCCCCGCCGCCAGAGACGCAUCGCCUCCGGGAAUGGUUCGGCUACUUCUUCAAGGGGUUUGGAGCCAUCCUCCUCGUCGGUGGUAUCCUCGUCUUCAUCGCAUGGCAGCCCUUGGGCAACCCACCGGCGCCAGCCAACCUGGCCCUGGCCAUUGUCCUGGUUGUUGUUUUCCUCAUCCAGGCCGCCUUCAACAUGUGGCAGGAUUGGUCUUCGGCCCGCGUCAUGGCAUCCAUCAAGGACAUGAUCCCGGGGGAGUGCCUGGCCGUCAGAGAUGGUCUUCCGGUGUCCAUCAUGGCGGCUGAUAUCGUUCCUGGCGAUGUCCUGCUCAUCAAGGCCGGCAACAAGAUCCCGGCCGACGUUCGCUUCACUGAGGUCUCUUCUGACGCCAGCUUUGACCGCUCGAUUCUGACUGGUGAAUCCGUUCCGUUGGCCGCCACUGUCGAUUGCACCGACAAGAAUUACCUCGAAACCAAGAACAUCGGUCUCCAGGGCACUCACUGCACCUCAGGCACUUGCAAAGGCCUCGUCGUUGCCACGGGUGGCCGUACCGUGUUUGGCCGGAUCACGAGGUUGGCCAACGGGCCUAAGACGGGCCUCACGCCAAUCGAGCGCGAAGUGCUCAACUUUGUGUGGAUCAUUUGCUCCAUCAUGUUCACCAUGAUCGUCGUUGUCGUUGUUACUUGGGCCGCCUGGCUGAGGACGGAUCAUCCGGACUGGAUCAGCGUUCCCAACCUCAUCAUCUCCUGUGUUUCAAUCGCUGUCGCCUUCAUCCCCGAGGGCCUCCCCGUCGCUACCACUGCCUCCCUCACCAUCGCCGCCAACAUGAUGAAGAAGCACAAAAUCCUCUGCAAGUCACUCAAGACUGUCGAGACCCUCGGCGCCGUCUCGGUCAUCUGCUCGGACAAGACGGGCACAUUGACUGAGAACAAGAUGAUUGUCACCGACUACGCUGUCGGCCUGGAGACGGUCGAGGAGGACCGCGCCAGGGCUGCUAACCAGAGUCACCAGACCAGCAGCGCUCUGGAUCAGCUGUGGAGCCUUGCCGGUCUUUGCAACGCCGGGGAGUUCGACGCCGCAACUCAACAUCUGCCCAUUGCUGCUCGUAAGGUCCACGGCGACGCCACGGACCAGGCCAUCCUCCGCUUCGCCGAGAGCAUUGGCCCUGUUUCGGAGCUGAAGCGCUGCUGGGCUACCAGGUUCAACCUCGCCUUUAACAGCAAAAACAAGUUCAUGAUCAGAGUCCUUGGGUCGACUAACUCUGAAGGGUUGGGUGUUGCCAUGCCUAGGGGUACUGCGGCCAUCUUUGAGCCCAGUGAUCUACUUCUCACCAUCAAGGGAGCCCCUGAGAUCCUCCUCGAGCGAUGCAGCAACUACACCAACUCGGCUGGUGCGGCAGUGCGCCUGAAUGCCGCUGCACGGGAGACCAUUGACAGGAUCAAGAACGACUGGUCAGCGCAGGGCCGCCGUGUCCUGCUCCUCGCCCACAAGGCCAUCUCCAAGUCCUCGCUCCGCUCCUCGCCCUCCUCUCCCUCCUUCGAAGGCGAGAUGCUCACCCAAGCUAAGAACGGCCUGACGCUCGUCGGCCUCGUCGCCAUCAUCGACCCGCCACGCCCCGAAAUCCCCGAGGUCAUCAAGACCCUCCGCGGCGCCCGAAUCCGCAUCUUCAUGGUCACGGGCGACUUCGCCCUCACCGCGCAGGCCAUCGCCCGCGAGUUGGCCGACUACGGCGAGGUGGUGUUCGCGCGCACGACGCCCGAGCAGAAGCUGCGCAUCGUGCGCGAGCUGCAGGCGCGCGGCCACGUGGUGGGCAUGACGGGCGACGGGGUCAACGACGCGCCGGCGCUGCGGGCGGCGGAUAUCGGCAUCGCGAUCGGGGGCGGGAGCGACAUUGCCAUCGAGGCGGCCGACAUGGUGCUGCUGGAGUCGUUUUCGGAGCGUUGUGGAGGCGACUGUCUCGCCGCCACAGCCCUCGCCUACGAGGCUCCCGAGGCCGACGUGCUGAUGCGCCCGCCGCGCAAGAUUGGCGUCGACCGCCUGGUCGACUGGAGGUUCAUUCUCCAGACGUACGGCUUCGUUGGCGUCCUCGAAACGGUCGCUUCGUUUGCCAUGUCGUACUGGUACCUGGAGCGCUCCGGCAUCCCUUUCAGCAAGAUCUGGUUCGCAUUUGGCAACCCCGAGGGCGUCGAUGCGGCUUAUUACCUGCAGAAGCUGAAUGAGGCCAGCUCCAUUUAUUUUGUGACGUUGGUUGUUAUCCAAUGGUUCAACCUCCUCGCCGUUCGCACCCGCAGGCUGUCCAUCUUCCAGCAUCCGCCGCUGUUCAACAAGGCCACGCAAAACUACUACCUGUUUCCGGCCAUGCUGUUUGCCUUGGCCAUGGCCUUCUUCUGGCUGUACAUCCCAGAGUUCCAGAAGGUGCUGGGCACGGCCGAGGUGCCGGUUGAGCAUUGGUUCCUGCCUAUGGCGCUUGGUGUGGGAAUUCUUUUGUUGGACGAGGCCCGUAAAUUUUGUGUGCGAAAGUGGCCGAAGGGCUUCUUUGCGAGGAUAGCCUGGUAA